AGAAAGAAAAAGAAAAAAAUUAUAGCCCAGAACGCCUCAAAUGUUAUUUUCGUGCGUCUAGAACACAAAGAUUUCGCGGGGGCAUGCCCCCGGACCCCGUGGGACAUUGUUGUCUCGAUCGCCCAAAUUUCGAAACCCCUUUCCACCCCCACCUUUGGACAUCUAUCCGCCCCUGUUGUUAUAAUUAUAACAUACUUUUUAAUUAGUUUUUAAACAUUUCAUCAUAUAAAUACCUUUUAUUAGUAUCUCUAUUUUUAUUAGUAUUUGAUAAUAUCUCAUUUCAUCAUAUAAAUGCCUUUUAUUAGUAGCAUUAUUCUUGUAAUGUUUAUGUUAUGAUUAUACAAUUGUCUUAGUAUUGUAUUUGUACAUCAGUAACAUUUUUUUAUUCACAUGUGUUAUACAAUUUUUAUUGUUCUUCAUCUUUGUUACUUCUCCGGAUACUUCGAUGGUUCGAAAUAAUACCGCCAUUGUUCAUUGUUCGAUGAUGAAUUAGGUUAAGUGUCUGUCGCCCUCUCUCGUUCUCCAUUACUCAAGCUCCCCUGCAUGUCCUCAUAACAAAAUACUGUGGACUGUGUAGUAGCUUGGUGGUAGGUAGUUGUGGUUGGCUCUUUCUGCGAACUUGGGAAUGCUUUGUUAGGAAUGCUAAAGCAAUGUACCUAGGACCUGUAGGAUUAUCGGGAAGACGGUAUUCAAUUAAAAAGGCAUUAUUGUAUUUCUGACGCACAUUUUUCAGGUUCAUAAGUUCCGUCAAAAUGGAUGAACAUAGAAAGGCAGUCUCCUUUUCAGACACGCAUGUUGUGGCUAAUAAGAAUGGAAAGUUGAAGAAAUACAAAACAGAUGAAAACUUAGGCGGCCACAUGGCGUCGGCUGCCGAUACCUGCUGCACAAAGUUUAAGGAUUCUUGUGAAAUUGCAUUCAGUCCUUGGAUGACCCAUCGCAACCCACUACCGACAAACGCAUCACGAAUUGAACGUUGCAAAUACUCUUUGAUGUGUCCACCGCAUGGACUAUUGGCUAGAGCUUUAACUUACGGACUUAUUCUGGUUUUGGUCUGGGCUGCUAUGUGGUCAAUAGCGGGAGGAGAUGCGCUUCCUGGCGGAAACUUAUUUGCACUGUAUGUUCUCCUUGUUUGUUGUAAAAUUGGUGGAAUUCUUAUAUCAUUCAUAAAAAUGCCUCCACUUCUGGGUAUGCUUAUUGUAGGCCUUGUGUUGGCAAACGUACCACAUAUUGAUAUAGCAAAAGAUAUCACGCCUUCCUGGUCAGAAGUACUGCGCAACAUAGCCUUAGCGGUUAUUCUGAUCCGAGCCGGUCUAGGAGUUGAUGCAAAAGCUUUGAAACGACUACGAUAUGCAUGUCUGCGGCUAGCAUUUUUACCCACGUUGUUUGAAGCAGCCGCUGUGGCUGUAGCAGCUGUUCUGCUGUUGGACUUCCCCUGGCUAUGGGGGUUCAUGCUGGGGUUUGUGUUGGCUGCUGUUUCACCAGCUGUUGUGGUACCCUCCCUGCUAAUUCUUCAGGAGCAAGGAUAUGGCUUAGUCAAGGGUAUCCCAACCCUUGUCAUUGCAUCGGCAAGCAUCGACAAUGUAUUCGCUAUUAGUACUUUCAGUAUUCUUCUCGCAUCGACAUCUUCAUCAGCAAACAUGGUGUUUACAAUUCUAAGAGGCCCAAUAGAGGUCGUAAUGGGGAUCGGAGCUGGUGUAAUAUUUGGGAUGGUAUUGUGGUUUUUACCCAAUAAGUAUCAGUCAGCUAUAGUUGGAGUAAGGAGUGUUUUGAUUAUGUCUUCAUCCAUUCUUUCACUUCUUGGCCUGAAAUUGGCUGGCUAUUCUGGGGCAGGUGCCCUUGCAUGCCUCGUCUUACCGUUCGUUGCAGGCCUAGGUUGGAAAAAUGGCAAGAUAAAAGUUGGUAAUGUAGUGUCAGUAUUCUGGCUAUUUUUUGAACCUCUUCUGUUUGGUUUGAUUGGUGCUGAGGUAGCAAUUACUCAGCUUGAACCGUCAACUGUAGGGUUGGGCAUUGCUAUUAUCCUUAUUGGUUCUGUGGUCAGGAUGGCUUUAACUUAUCUCUCCGCAUCAGGUGGAAAUUUAAACAGGAAAGAGAAGGUGUUUACUGCCCUCGCUUGGUUACCAAAAGCUACUGUACAGGCGGCUAUAGGUUCUACAGCAUUAAUAGAAGCAACAAAUAGAGAUGAUCCUGAUGAACGUGAGAUAGAAAUGGCCACUCAGAUGCUUACACUGGCUGUGCUUGUUAUCCUGAUCACCGCCCCGAUAGGAGCAAUCAUGAUCUCAUUAACGGGUCCAAAAUGCCUAGACUACUCACCUGCUAAUGCAAAUGAGGAGGGGGAUCAAGAGGACGAGGAGAAUGGGGACAUAGAUGAAGAUGAUCCAUUUUGCAAUCGCAGCGUCUUCUCCAGUUUAGGUAACAAUGGCAGAGGCUUCUUUGUUGUACGUGACGAUGAUCUGGAUGCGUUGCCACGUGAACCAAAACUGAUUCGUAUUGAGGAAUACGUUGAUUCUGAGGAUGAAGACGCCGUUCCAGAACGAAGGUAUAUGGAGACUGAUAUUUGAAAGGUGAUGAAAGAGCAUUGUUGUUAUUGGAAGAUGAAUCACGUUCAUAAGGUAAUCUGAGUUAAUACAUCACAAUGUUUCUAACUCGUUGAUCUCCACAUCAUAUGUUCGUUGAUGUUGUUCACUUUAUUAACAACCUGAAAAACAAAUGUGUCCUCCGUUUCCGGAUGAGGCAACAGACAUUGAGAUACAGUGACAGAGGAUAAAUCCAGCCAUGGUCCUGGAUUUUUUGCGAAAUGUACAUCUUCAAAAUUCGCAUGUUGAUAAUAAUUGGCAGCUGAAUGAAAAAACUGGAAAGAAGUUUCUUGGUGAUAAAUGUGGUUGUCGAGCUUGUUAUUCCACAGAGGAACUAAACUGUCACAUCAUUUAUUAAUAUUGUUUACUAAUGAUAACUUCACAGUUUGCAAUCUUGCAUCAUUUCGAGUUCUACUCACAUCAUUUCAAGUUCUACUCACUUCACUGUUUGUGAUAUAUUGAGAAUAUGGAUGUGUUUUUGUGAAUUGUAGCUGGAAAUCAGUUUUGAGGAAACAAACACAUUGCAUCUGGGUUUGGCGGAUCAAAGAUUUUGAGGAUGGGUUAGGUCCUUCUGGUGGUAAGUUGGUCAGUGCACUGGUAGAUUAUUCCCAGCUGUUUUUCGCUGAGUGUACUGCGUUCUUGUACAUAGGUCAUAUUGAACUAAGGGCUUAAACAUCCUUUUCGAAAGAUGGUGUGCUAUUGAAACUUGUAUUUUAGCCCUCCAACUGAAAAGACAAGGAGAACGGCUAUGGAAUAGAACUGCGGAUCAAGGUUAUAUUAGGGUCCCAGUUACACACUAAAUACUACCAGUUUAUCAUAUAUAUCAUUUAUUUCAUCUUCAGUUCAACACAUGCAGUAACAGAUUAACAACAAAAAGAAAGAAAAACAGAAAAGAAACAUUCCUAGCUAAAACCAGACGGGAUUGCUGAAAAGUGGCAUUAAAGCUACUCUUUAAAGUGCUGCUAGCAACAAAAUAAUACAUAAGCAACAUAAAGGUAAAAUAAAUUGCAACAUAAAGGUCAAAUAAAUUGUUUCAUGUUAAAAUAUAUUUCAUCAAUGAAUUAGAACUUUAUAUACAUAUUUAAAAUUUUGUUUAAGCUGCUCUCUCCAUGAAUAGCAGACAACAUUUUUCAUUUUUCAUGGGUUACUGUAUAUUUUUUAAGGGAGCCCUCUUGAGUUUACUUUAUAACUUUCUCACUAGGUUGCUGCUUUUGGACUACAUGGACUUCAAUUGGAAAUUUCCUGAGUAUUUUGAUUGCUUUAAAUUUUGUUGAACCCGCUAGAAUAAAAUAUCAAAAGCUUCAUAAUUGGCAUCACAAUACAGUAAACCUACACAUUUAUAUGUUGUGUAACAAUUGCAUAAUGUAGUCAAUGUUAGUGGGGAGAAAU